AAAAAUUCAAAAUGGGACACAACAAUGUUAAAAUGAUAUACAAUUGAUAUACACUGAGUUGCCUCCCAUACUAUCACAAAAUUGUUGAAACCAAAACAGGAAGUUUUAAACAUUCCAAGGGGAUUUCCAUUUGUAAUAAAAAAAAGUAUAAUGUUACAUUUAUUUAUAUAUAUGUCGUCAUUACAGCAACAAAUAAUAUUUUCAUAGCUUAUCCUGAUUCUACUACCAAGUAGCAGCAUGUAUCACAUAAACGAUUAUUCUCAUAACAUAUCUAUGAGACUGUCAGAAGUCUUAGAUGACAUUGGUGUUAAUGAGACAAUGGUGAUGAAAAGAAGAAAGAUAUUCAUGUUGAUGGAGACAAUGCAUACUAUCCAAUAUAGCUUAAAUGAUAGAAAUGAUACAAUAUUUUACCCAGGAAGUCAGAGUGAAGGUUCAACAACAUUAGGACUUCAGUCUGAUGUUGAUAUGUUAUUCUGUUUUAAUGAUGUCAAUGUGAUACAAGAUUGGGCUGACUGGAAACAAGGUAAACUUAACCUUCUGAUGAUACAGGAUAACAAUACAACCCCUGGAUACUGUUCCCUACAACAGUUAGAAUUUGAUGUACCUAUACCAGCAACUGAUGUAAGAGACAAAUAUCAUAUCAAAGAUAUAAAUGGACGAGUACUUCUAACAAAUGAUUUAUUGGAGAAUGGGAUACCGGAGGGAAAUCAACAACAUGGGCCAUCUAUAGCAUCACAAGCGGAAGAUGGAUUUUAUGCAAGAGACUAUGUUCCAGCUUUAACUUGUGUAUCAUGGCCCCGUUCAGCUUUAAAUUGGUUACAGCACCAGGAAUCAGAUAGCUGGCCAACACAAGAAAUUAAACAAUAUGCUAUUAGCAGUAGUUGUUUCGUUGUUCCUGUUGGCAGCAAAGUUAGUAUGAACCCACAGAUAGAAUGGAGAAUAUCUACAACACUAGCAGAAAGAUGCUUGAUGUUUAAUUUGAACAUUACACAGUUAAGGUGCUAUGUUUUAAUGAAAAUGAUUGUGAAGUCAUAUCUCAAUUUGAAUGGUGAAAACAAUUUGUCUAGUUUUAUGUGUAAAUCAGUUAUUUUGCAUUGUGUAAAGAAUAUUGAAUCGAAAAUGUGGAAAGAAUGUAAUUUAAUCCAGUGUUUAACUAUCUGUUUAUUACAAUUAUAUAACUGUUUACAGAAGGAAGAAUGUCCUCACUUUAUAAUAAAAGAAAACAACUUGAUGGCAGGACAAUUUACAGCUGAUGAAAAAUACAAUAUUCUACAAACAAUAAAUCUUUUAGUACAAAGAGGUGGUCUUGGAUUACUUGGUAUUAAAAUUGAUGAUGUUGGUCAAAGACUGAAAAUAAAAUUGAACAUAAUUCCUCAAGUCAUUCAUUACCCACCAUCUAAACUUGACAUCAGUAAAUAUGUGUCAGCUGGUUUAUAUCUUAAUUUUUCAAAAAGCAAGACUGAAUUUGUAACACAUAUCUUGAACAACACAGAAUCUCUAUCAAUCUGUAUUCAAAGAUUAAUGAAGUACAAUAAAGAAGGAAAUAAACUAGAUCAGUCAGCAUGCAGAUUUCUGGCACCUAGAUUCUUAACUACUUUGGGAUCUAUGUUGGCAUCAUCAAGUAUUGGUCAAUAUGGAUCCAUAUCACAUCAGGCUUUAACCUGGUUCUCAACAGGCUUGAAAUCAAAUGAUGUGGCCGACAGAUUAAAACUGGCUUCAAUGUUUUACUGCACUGGAGAUUUUGGAAGAACUGAAAUUACUUUGAGAAACAUAGCACAAGAAUUCAAUAAUGAUGUUAUUGUUCCCCUCUGUGGCUGCUAUGAUAAUAGACCACCGAAGCUAAAUCCUGAUUUUUUAGAAACAUGCAAUGACCAAAAUGAAUCUUCUAUUCAACACUAUAUAGCACAUUGUGUGCAAUUCCUGCAAAGUGAAAUAAACUGUGUUCCUCCUGAACUACAAUUUGAAAUGUUCAGAUCUACACAAGACGAUUUGCUACAUCAUAGAAAUGAUGAAGAAGAUUACUGGAUGAACUGGGCAGUAGUGGAUUCUCUCCCUUUCUUCCAUGUUUUACAAUACAAAGUUUACAGUCGGCUACAGAAACACCAAGAUCAACAACAAGCACUGCAUGAUCUUAUAUGGAUCAUUGACACAAACAAAAAUCUCCGGCAUAAAGAAACUGACCUGAAUCUUCUUGGACAACUAAUGGAACAAGCAAAUAGACCUCAAGAUGCACUUCAAUGCUACAUGAUGUCUCUGCAGAUAAGAUCAAGAAACAAUGCUGCACGGUUUCAUGUUUGAAGGCUACUUGCUACCCUUGCUACGAGACAAUACACAUGAACUUAAAUAAAAUGGAAUGUGACAAGCUUUUGUUAAUGCAUGUAUACACAUGCAAUAUAAAAUGAAAUGGAGUAUAGCAUGGUGAUGCCAAUAUUCACAUGAAUUUUAAAGAAAUGGAAUGGCCAGAAAGAAUUUUAAGUCUAUCUCUCCUCUGAUA